GGGUGUUCGCGCUCGCGUGAUCUGUCGGAUCGUCGCAGGCGUGCCCAGCAAGCUUGUGAGUGACCUCUGGCCAGGUGGCCGCGGCCCUGCCGGAGAGACUACGUGCCUGGGACGACGGUGACUGCGCGGAAGGCGAACUGAGGCGAUGGGUGCUGCACGGCAGCGUCUGUGAGAUGUUCCCUCUCCGGCUGCUGGUCGCCCUCGGAUGGAUCUGCCUCAUCGCCGCCCAGCAAGGUCUGGGAAUCUUCUUCGUGAAGGAGCCGCAGUCGGUGGUGGCGCUGCCUGGUGGCGAGGCGGUCCUGACAUGUGCCACCAACCUGGCCGUCGACCACCUCGGAUGGCUGCGCGACUGGCAGCCCCUGGAACCUGGCAGCGACCCGACGAUAGACGUGCGACCGGGCCGGCUGCGGAUCCGGAUCGGACAGGAUCCGGAUCUGUACCGGCGGCAUACCGGAGAGUACAGGUGCAUGGCCUGGAUCGCACCGAUCGGUCUGGCCUCUCUGCCGGCCUCGGUGCAGGUGGCCCACACAGAGCCCUUCGCGCCGCGGCAGAACGCGACGCUGGUGGCGCCGCCCGGCGGCUCCGUCUCGCUGGCGUACACGGCGGUGCUGCUCUCUGGCGGCCGCCUUCUCCUGACCGUCGUCAGCAGCGCGGACGCCGGGCUGUACACCUGCUCGGCGCGUAAUCCUCGAUCCGGACACCAGGUGGCAGCACGGUUUGCCACCCGGCUGGAGGUGCGCCGGCCGGCGGAGAGUCGGCCGCCGCGGCUGACAGUGCGGCCCCGCGUCGAGUACCGCGCCGCAGCCGGGGACACCCUCAGACUGGAGUGCGCGGCGGAGGGCUGGCCGCUGCCCGCCGUGUCCUGGAGGCGGCUGGACGACCGCUGGUCGGACCGCUACGUGCAGCUGGCCGGCCGGCUGGAGAUCUCCCGGCUGCGGGCCGCCGACGAGGGCGACUACGCGUGCGAUGUGACCGGCUCAGAGGGGUCGCUCACCGCCGCCACUGCCGUGCGCGUCACAGAACCGCCAACGGUGGACACCUCGCCCUCGGACCUGACGGUGCCCGAGGGUUCACCGGCGUCUUUGCGCUGCUCGGGCCGCGGCUGGCCGCCGCCGCGGCUCGAGUGGGUGCUGGACGGCCGGCCGCUGGUGGGAGACGGCCGGCCGCGGCUGGACGGCGACCGGCUCCUGUUCGACGCCGUGACUCGGGAGAACGCCGGCCUGUACCAGUGCUUCGGCCGCAGUGAGGCGGGCCAUGCCAAGACCGCCGUGCUUCUUAAGGUGAUCCCGAAGACGACCGUAUCGCUGGACGUGCUGCCGUCCCGGACAGCCAUGCCUACAUCACCGGCGUCCCCAGCGCCCCGUCACACUGGCAGUCACCGGCGCAGUCACGGCGCCAGAAGGGCAGGCGAGGCGCUGAUGGUGCCCCCUGGCGCGCCCCGCGUGUACCCCAUCUCGGAGAGCUCGGUGAUGCUGCAGUGGGACGUGCCGCCCAACGACGGCCUGGCCAUCCUCUUCUUCAAGAUCCAGUACCGGCGCGCGCCGCGGCGUCUGCACGCCUGGCAGACGCUCGACUCGGACGUGCCCGGCACGGCUCGCUCGUUCGAGGUCGGCCAGCUGCAGCUCGGCGCCAAGUACAAAUUCCGCGUGCUAGCUGUUUACGAAAAUAAAGACAACAAACACGGACCAAACUCACGAAAAGUCAAGAUUAUCCGCAUGAGUAAGAAGUCAAAGCCUCCAGGAGCACCCAUCAUCACCAUGCAUAGCUCAGAGGGUCCCAAUGGCAUCCGGUGUUCGUGGAUGUACUACAACUUGCAGGCAUCACCGAUAGAGGGCUACUUCAUCUACUACCGUGACACCACAACGGCAGGAGACUACUCCAAGGUCACAGUGCUGGGCGAGACGACCAAGACGCACACGCUGACGUCGCUGCUGCCGGCCACGUCCUACGACAUCAAGGUGCAGGCGUUCAACCUGGCGGGCGGCGUGUCCGAGUUCUCGCCGAUCGUCACCGAGCGCACGGGAGCUGCCCAGGGCGCGGCGAAGACGGGCUCGUCCGUGGAGGCGCGGCGCCCUCUGGUGCCGGUCGUCACGAGCCGAGGGGUGGACCGCUCCCGGGCCCGACUGUACGCCAUCGUGGGCAGUGUGCUGGGCGGCCUGCUGCUGCUGGCGCUCACAGCUGGCCUCGUCUGCCACUGCCGCUCGCGGACGGCGGACAAACAAGAGGUAGCACAGGAAUAUGGCGACAGCGCUCUUCAGGGCGGCGUUCACCAACCGCUGGCGCCACCGCGGCCCUGGCCACCCGACCCCGACCUGGCCGAGUCAGACGGGGGUCUGCAGACGGCACCUCCACCGGGCCGCAGUUCUCGACAGGUGAGUCCCCGCCUCUCACCAGGUGAGCUAUCCCUCACCCGCUGCCUGUCCUCCAAGAUCGGCCGGUAA